UCCCUUGGCACGGCAAGGGGUGGCCACGGGGCUCGCCCACCCCAGGUGUCCACAUUGGACUCAUCCACUCGUGUCACCCCGUGAUAUUUCUCCUCCCUCUGUAGCCACCGCUGCCAUGUCAGCCCCAAACCCCGCACCAGCAGAGGAUGGGCAGGAGCUGAAGAGCGUGGUGAGCCGAGUGGCCAGCCUGCCCCUGGUGAGCUCUGCCUAUGGCAUGGUCUCCACCGCCUACGCCUCCACCAAGGAGAGCCACCCCUACGUCAGGUCCGUCUGCGACGCCGCCGAAAAGGGGGUGAAGACGCUGACGGCGGCGGCGGUCAGUGGGGCACAGCCCCUCCUCACCAAGCUGGAGCCCCAGAUCUCCACCGCCAACGACUACGCCUGCAAAGGGCUGGAUAAGCUGGAGGAGAAGCUGCCCAUCCUGCAGCAGCCCCCAGAGAUGGUGGUGGCGGGGACCAGGGAGCUGGUGUCGUCCACGGUGAGCGGGGCGGUGGGCCUGGCCCGCGGGGCGGUGCGGGGCGGCGUGGAGAGGACGCGCUGGGCGCUGAGCAGCGGGGUGGUGGGCAGCGUGGUGGGCUCCAGCGUGGGCCGGCUACUGGUCACCGGGGUGGACGCCGUACUGGGCAAAUCGGAGGAACUGGUGGAGAGAUACCUGCCCGGGACGGAUGAGGAGCCGGUGGUGGCAGCGGGCACGGAGGUGGCCUCAGCGGAGCUGCAGAGAAGGUGGCAGAGCUACUUCGUCCGCGUGGGCUCGCUCUCGGCCAAGCUGCGGCACCGGGCCCUGCGGCGCUCGCUGGGUGAGCUGCAGCGGGCACGGCACAGCGCCCAGCACCUCCUGGCCCAGCUCCACCGCAUCUUUGAGCUGAUCGAGCAAGGACGGCAGGGUAUGGAUGGGCCCCUGUAUGGCACCCGGCAGCAUCUCCACCGCAUGUGGCUGGAGUGGAGCCAGCAGGAUGCUGUGCCCAUGGAGGAGAGCGAGGUGGAGGCACGGACUCUGGCCAUGCUGCGUGGUCUCCUGCGCCAGCUCCACGCCGCCUGCACCCGCCUGGUCACCGGCGCCCGGAGUUUCCCCGACAACGUUCAGGAGACGGUGGGACACGUCCGGCACGGGGUGGAGGGCGUGCAGGCUUCCCUGUCUGGUGCCCGCUCCUUCCAUGACCUGUCGGGGUUGGUGCUGGCCCAGAGCAGGGAGACGGUGCUGCGGGCGCAGCUGAGCAUCGACGAGCUGCUGGAGUACGUGGGGCAACACGCCCCCCUGCCCUGGCUGGUGGGACCCUUCGCCCCCGUCCUGGUGGAGUACCCGGAGGACGUCCCCGUGGAGAUGGCCAAAUGGGAAGGUUGCGUCACCGUCGGGGGGUCGCACCACCUGCCCGCUCCCCCCCGGCUCUGCAGCCAGCGCUGAGCACCCCACCACCACCCCAAAGCACCACCAAAGUUGGGGGGCACCCACCUGCCCGCAGCAGUGGGACGAGGUGCCCAUGGACACGAUGACCCACCGUGGGACCCCUGAUGCCAAACUUGGGGACUUAUUUGGGGAGGGAGGGGGUGGUGGCACAUGGAGGGUGCAGCGUGUGCCCAUCCCUGCCCAUUUGGGGGUCCCCACUGUGCCCCCAAACUUGGAGAACGCCGAGAUUUCUUGUCUUAGUGCCUUCAACUUUAAA